CGUCUGGUACCCGAGCCGAAAAAGAACCGGAAAUACAGUUUGUGGAUAAGCAAAAACUAAUGUGUUUGUUGGAAGCACUUAAAUUAUUUUUGUUAAAAAGGGGACGUGAAAGUAACAAGAUCAAUGGGUGUUGUUUGUGUUUACCCAUAUCAGGUGCAGUCAGGGAAAAGUAGUCAGCAAGCCCUGGACAUUCUACAGAAGCAGGUGGAACAACUUGGGGCCAUAAAAUCAGGAAAUUACUAUGUAGACUGUGAAACAUUCCAGAGCAAUUUGCAAAAUGUUGCUCCCAAGCAUGUGAACAUAUUGCAUAAUAGUGAACAGCCGGCAUCCUGCUUUGCUGUGAUGGACUCUGGCUUGUGUUUGGUGGCUGAUGCUCUCUUUGAUGGACUGAUGCAAAAAAUCAAGAACUAUUACCAGCCUAGUAAAGGGGCAAAGAUUGAAGUGCGUGGACAGAGAUAUGAACUUGGUGACUUUAUUAUCAAAACAGGAUCAGUGAUGCUGACUUCCAGUUUUAAAGGAAUUCUUGUUGAGGUAGAGUAUGGUCCAUGCGUGGUGCUGGGUGACUGUUGGAACCUGCUGAAAGAACUGUUACAGAGCAUUAUAGGAAAUGCUGCUGAAUCACCUCCACCACUGUUAAAAUCUAAGAUGGAUGCAACAUACACACCAUCAGAUACAAUAUUACAGUAUUUAGAACAUUUCAGUAACUGCAAGAAGAUGGCUGUUACUUCACCUACAGCACCAAGUCGAUAAAAUAGAUGAUCAUCUUUUAUGCAAGUUGAUGAAAUAGACAGUGAUGAUCAUAUAUUACCCAAGUUGAUGAAAUAGACAGUAAUGAUCAUCUGUUAUUCAAGUUGAUGAAAUUAGACAGUGAUGAUCGUCUGUUAUCCAAAAUACUGUUGUUCAAUGUACACACAUUAUACAUCCUCAGCUAGCUAGGUGCAGGCUGACAGACAGCACCAGUAGCAACUACUGAUCAUGCUCAAUUCAUCUAAUUUUUCUCAUCAUCUUUCUUCCCAAAGUUAAGCUUACCGAAAUGUAUAUAUCUGAUAACAAUUUGAAUGUCAUGGUGAUAAACACAGCUAUCCCAUGGAUGUUGGAUUAUAUAGUAUCGACACUCGCAGUCAAGCAUGAUAAUCGGCAAUUUCAUGGAGGUUUCUAUGGUCAUUUAUUUUGCUAUCAAUUUUCUAUGUCACUAUGUCAACCCUCUUUAUAAAGGCCAUGUUGGUGCAAUACAGGUCUUGCCAUUGUUUUGAAUUUGCUGUUAUAACGAUAGUGAAGAGUCAUCUCCCUUAGUUUGUUAAUUUUGUUGAAUAUGCACACACAGAAACAAAACAAAGCAAAAAUUAAAUAUUUUUUUAUAUACAUAACAAUUUCAAUACUGUUUGCUUCCACAACAAUCCGAAUAUCACAUACUGUAACAUAAUUUACAAGUCACUAUUUCACAACAAAGUGCUGUUUAGAAUCGUACUCCAUUCUUUGCUGAAAUGCCUAGCAAUUUCACCCUGCGCCAAUAAGGACAACAUUUUCAAAUAAAGUUUUUAUCAGCACAAGGAUACUCUAAAAACAGGAUUGUAAUGGGAAACGAAAACAUGAAAAGACUGGACUCGCAUGUAAAAGGAAAUAAUAUUAAUAAAUAAGUACAAUUAA